AGCCCCGCCCCUGUGCUGCACCUGUCUGCAGUUGCCAUGGAGACGAUAUUAAACUGGGUGAGGAGCGGAGCUUGUUGGAAUCCCCUGCGUCCCCUGAAGGACUGGACGGCCCCACCCAGCCUGAGCAGCGAUCACUGUUACACACGGAGGCUGACAGUGAGCCCAGCAGUUUGUGCCCGGCCACUGCAUAGACCACGUACAGAUAUUAGCGCUCGGAGCCUGCCCCGACGGCGAGCCCUCCUCCCCGUGUGCUCGGCUAGUGGGCUUUCAGCUGACGGCUCUGCUGACCAAUCAGCUGCUGUCUCUGAGUUUGUAGAGCUCGGUAAACGAGUCUCACAGAUCCGAAUACGGCGAGGGCCGCCCAGAGAGACACCGCUCACCCCGAUGGGACUGCCAAAGGCCAAAAGGUUAAAGAAGAAAAUGUUCAGUCUGGAGGAGAUCUACACCAACAAAAACUACGAGUCCCCCCCCAACAACAGGAGUUUGGAGACGAUUUUUGAGGAGCCUCGAGAAAAGGAUGGCGCGCUUCUCCUGAUUGGCCAACAGAAAAGGCGCAGGCUCCUCCUCUUUCCUGACUUUACUCAACCCAGGAAGCGUAAAAAGCUACAAGGGGCGGGACUUUCUGUUGUCCUCGGGCCCAGGAAACGAGCAGCUGCCCGACGACACUUCCGCACCAACGGUUUGGAUGAUGACAGCGACCUGGAUAUCAUGCUGGUGGAGCGACUGAGUGCGCUCGAAGACUUCCUCACACAGCAGGGCCUGGAUGUUUGAGCUUUGACAUCACUUCCUGUCAGCUGACCUGAUGCCAAAUGAGCAGCUAAUGUUGUUGCUAUCAAUUGACUAUGGAGCCACUGUCCACCAGAUGUUCAACUAGUUUUCUAAAUAUCACUCUGACUUUAAACAUUUUACUUAUUAUCAGGCCACACCCUGUCCCAGGAGGCCCCACCC